GUUAUUAUGUUUAUUUGUUCCUUAGUAGAAAGAAAACACUUCAACUUAAUCUUUUCUAUGUUUCGUUUUUAUUUACAAAAAUUUGUUGGAAGGUUAUCGCUUUCCUAAUUUUUAAUUGCAUGAAAUAGCGAAUAUUAUUCAAAAUGAGAGUCGUUGUGCCUCUGCUGAAGUUGGGUUUGGCUGGUGGAGCAGUUUAUUAUGUUGCUGACCAAGGCUUAUUCAGUAUCAGUCAAAAAGAAACAAUAGAUGCUUCAAAGAGAAUUUCAAAUUCUGUACCUGAGGUACCUGGUCUAGAAAAUUACACAAACAAGCUAUCUGUUGGAAUAUCAAAGAAUGAUCUAAUCAAUUACUGGAAUACCGGUGUGAAAGUAAGCAUUGCAGCUCUGGCAUCCUUGCCAGCUGAUACCAAAGAAUUGGCAUCUAGAGGUUACCAUUAUAUGAAAGAGGAAUUAGGAAAACAGAUGAAAUAGAGGUGAAAUUAAUCUAGGACAAUCGCUUUGUCUCAUUUUAUAGUUUGUCUUCUGUACAAUAAAUCUUUUUACUCUUGAA